UGGUCAGCUGGCUGCUGCAUGCGAGUGCAUCGGAAGGGUUAAGAUGGAGGCAUGUCAUCGGAGUUCGAUACUGCGGCGACGAUGUAUGUUCGGGGCAUCGAGGAACAGUUUUGCCAAUGUGUCACGUGGAGCUGAUGCGGCGACGAAUCAAGACAGCUGAGCUCGGGGAUAUGCUAAAUCAACUCGUUUUGCCUAUCGUCCAGACAUGUUCGACGGCAACAUGCCACAAGCAGCAUCUCUCCGAGAUCCGUAUGGGCCACAUCUUGUGCAGGUACCUGGGCAUCAGCUGCGCAUUUAGAGAGGCGACAGAAGAGUACACAGGCGCAUGUAAGGCAGCCACUCUCGGCGAUAGAAGCAUCGCAAUCACAAUACCCGUUAGUCACUUCUGAAUAUACACCAGGAAUUGCGUGCGUUGUGGCGGGUGAGAGGUUGUCUUCGGAUACAGGGAAAGUCGGGGUUCGGAGUU